UGUGUUUUGAAAAAUUAUCCAUGAAAUUACCAGCCAAAAAUAUAUUUUCAAUUUCACAUAAGUACCUCAUCAUUUAUCAUUUCCUAGUCAUUUUCUUCAAAUUGCAUACAAUUAAUGAUAGGUAGGUAUAUUUUGUGACUAGACAUUUAAACAAACAAUUUUCUUAGGUAUAUUUGUUUGUUCUGUGAUCUCGCAGUUGGGGGUCCAGAUUUUUCCGUUACAUUCAAAAAAUAUGAUGAAAUAAAACUAUUGGUGAUGUGUGUCGAUCUUCUGAUCUAGCAGAAACAUUCUGAUUUUUUUUUUCAUCGAAAACAAUUUUAUUCAUCUUAUGAGAUUUAAUGGCGACUACUUCGGUUCCUGUUACAUUGGAAAAAAAUGCAGACGAUGUUCCACUGCACACUUUGGAUUAUGGCAAGUUGUUAAAUAAAGGAUUGAAGGUUGAGAUUGCUGAUAAACUGGACCUCAUGUUUAAGAAAGACUUACUGACUUUCUCUGAUCUUGACGAUCGCGUUUUCGAAGGCAUGAGAGAAUCUCCAAUUAAUGAGGUAUUAGACAUCUUAUCACAGCUCUCAAAGAUGAAUCAUGGACAUUUCUCGAAGGAAGAAUAUCUAAAAGAAGUUUUUUUUAAAUACGGACCCAAUCCGGCAGUGAUGGCGCAUGUAUUAGAAGACAGCGAUGAUUUUACCCACAUAGUAACAUCUAGCGAGAGAACUAUUACAGUGUUUGAAGAGAACCCCGAGAGGAAGAAUGAAGGUUAUGAAAUAUUUUGUAUAAAUAUCCCUAAGAGAGUGUUCGAGGACGAACUUUUGGAACUAUUUAAUGAUAGUGGUAGAAAAGAAAUAUUGGAAAUAAAAUUAAUGAUGGAUAGGACAACAAAUUACAAUUGCGGUAUUGCGUUCAUCAUAUAUGCCGAAAAAGAGGCUGCCGAAGAAAUGUUAAAAAAAAUGGAUAAUUAUGAAAUCCGCGCAGGACAGAAAUUAAAAGUGAGAUUGACUGUGCCAGAUCGCCGUCAACUUUUCGUAAAAAAAUCAUCAGGAGAUCGAAUCAAAAAUUUGUUUGACCAGUGCAAUGAGUUGAGAGGUGGAUUAAAGGAGAUAACGUGUGACGGAGAUAAUACAUCUUUACUUUUCAACACAGAAAAAUGUGCUGUAUUGGCGAAAAACAAGUUAUCAAUUAAUGGAAUGAUCGUAGAUUGGGCAAAAUCCAAAGAAUUUCCAUUUGAGACGAAUAAUGUUCAUGUUUGUCAAGUGUCCUCGUUAUUGUCGUAUUGCUCUUGUGUUGGUGAAAUAUUGAGCGAGAUUUCUUCACUCAAGAAAGAAAUUCUGCAGUGUAUUGAAAUUGAAACGGAUAAGGCAAUAAUUGAUGAUGCGAAGAAGAAGAAUAGGAUAAAGUAUGCAUGUCAUUCGCUUCGAAUAGAAAAUUUGAAUACAGACGAACAAUCUCAGAUCAACAUCCAAAAUGCAACUGAUUAUGCUGUAGCCCGCAUGAACUCAGAAAUGGACGACGAUAGGGCCUCAUGUAAUUUCGAGGUGAAAACAUUAUUGGAUUUGCACAAAAUUUUGGAACCUGGAAUCGAUAAAUCUGGAAUCUUCCGUGAUGACGAAGAUUAUGUUUAUAUAAAUGGGAUCUACGAUAUUCCGUUAUACCCAUCUCCUGUAGAAAGCAUUCAUGAGGAAAUUGAAGAAUGUAUCCAAUUACUAAAUAAAGCUCUAAAUACGGAUUCUGAUGAAAGCGCCGUUUUGAUGGCCAUCACGGCGAAAACUAAGUUCUGCAUAAUCCAUCCGUUUGUGGAUGGUAAUGGCAGAGCUAGCCGGGCUUUAUUCAGCGCUGUUUUGGAAAAAAGGAAUUUUCCAGCGAUCGUGAUCCCAAUUUUAGAAUCGACAAGAUACUACGAGGCUUUAAAAGUGGCCCAUGUUUCUGAUUCUCAAGAUUUUACAUUAAUUUAUAGGUAUUUAUGCGAAUGUGUUCGCAAUUCGUUACAGGAGUAUCUGAAAAAUCUAAUGCUAUGAAAAUUUUUUGGCGUUGAAUUAGUAGGUAAUUGUCUGUUUUAAAUUCGCUUGACAUCAACUUAAAAAAAAAAACAAAAAAAACUAGGUAAAAGUAAAACAAAAUUUUGAGUUCUUAAUAUAAUA